AUGGCAGGCACACCACCAGGGGAAAAUAUCUCAGAGUUGUACCCCCAGUGCGUGUCUUUAAGAAAGGAACUAGACUCCCUUCUUCGUUCGGUGUCAACUCCUACGGUUUCGCAUGGAAUGACAGCCUCAUCAGCUAAGGGCGUGGAAUGUAGCAGCAGCGGAGUGUCGGCAUCGUUUGUUGGAUGGGAUGGACGGGGAAGCUGCUGUACUUCUGUGGCAAAGCUGCAACGGUUCUCAGCGCUGACGCGUCAGUUCUGCAUGCUCGUCAUUCGACUUCAAGAUGCACUUGAGAGAGCGAAGUCGACUCAGAUGUCGCGGAAUAUGUACUCUAUGUGGGAAAGAAGAGUUCAAGACAUGGCUGCAGACGCAGAGAGCUUCAGCAGAGAAGCUGAAAGCCGUGUGAGCUUUGAGCAGCAGCGAGUUCAAGACGCUAUUCGUGACCGCAAAUUGCUACUGGGCGAGGCUGAAAACAAUAAGAGAUGGGGUGAUGUGCGCAAUGCGGAGCUAAUGUAUGCGAAGGAGAGAGACCGCCUACAAGAUUCCCGCACAGUGCUAGAUUCAGUACUUAGCCAAGGCUGGGGCAUAGUAGGACAACUUGUCUCUCAAAACGCGUCACUCAAAAGCGCAAGAAGAAAAGUGCUCGAUAUGGCUAGCAGUGCGGGCGUCGCCUCCACACUGUUGGGUGCAGUUGGCCGAAGACAGCAGGGAGACAAAUGGCUUGUAUAUGGUGGAAUGGUCAUGACUCUCAUCUUUUUUUUCGUAGUGUAUAGGCUAUUUCAUCAUGGCAGCAUAUUCGUUUUCUCCAGCAGUGUGGGCAAGGCAGAGGACGGUACAAGUUUCGAUGACUUGACUCAGGCUGAAUAG